AUGGUACUCCUACAAGCUGUUGUCAUGCUAUUUACAAACAUACCGUACAUUAUUACAUAUCUGCUUCAAGCGUCACUAGAUUUGACUGGUUAUCCGGUUAUUUUAGCACAAGUUCAAUUUGCAUUUUCAGUCACUAUGUCCUUCCUGUAUAUGAGUUUUGCUACGUCAUUCUACAUCUAUUGUUGGGCAUCGAAUCGAUUUCGUCGGCAAUUGAAAUACGUCUUAUUCGAUAUUCACUUCAAUCGAUGCCGUGAACGAACAAUUGGAACAAAUCAAAUCAUACCCGUCGUAGCUUAA